AUCUAAGAUUUCGAGAGUACUUCAACUUCAGAAGAACCAGAAUUAGAAUGAAUACCUUUUUACUGGCCCUGCUCUUCUGGGCAACAGUUGCCCUGGGAAAUGGACAAACCAGUCGGGGCCUAACAGUCGACUCCCAUGACAUCACCGUUCUGUUGAACACCAACGAGAGCUUCAUCGUCUUUGCCAAGGAAGAUCUAACAGAGCCUGUGAGUGUGAGGCUACUAAAAGAGCAUGACGAUCAUUUGAGCUUGGAUCCUGAGUCAUUCACAUAUCCAGCGGGAGCUACGGGCAACCAGACGGUGGUGAUAACAGGCCUAAGGGCUGGCUAUGUGGCUGUCACAGCCGUCGACGGUUCCAAUGAACUCAUCGAAGAUGUCUAUCUGCGUGUCACCGUGGCCGUGUCGAAGGGCCUCAUCUACACCUCGAUUGUGUUCGGUUGGGUGUACUUUGUGGCCUGGUCGGUUUCUUUCUAUCCCCAAAUUUGGAUCAACUUCCGUCGCAAGUCUGUGGAGGGCCUGAACUUUGACUUUGUCAUCCUUAACAUUGUGGGCUUCACAUUGUACAGCAUGUUCAAUUGCGGCCUGUACUUCUUUGACACCAUGCAGGACGAAUAUGAAAGCCGACAUCCGCGUGGCCUCAAUCCGGUCAUGUUGAACGAUGUCGUCUUCUCGCUGCAUGCCAUGUUUGCCACCAUCAUAACGAUUGUUCAAUGCUGCAUCUAUGAGCGUGCCGGUCAAAGGGUCUCGUGGACAGCCUAUUCCUUAUUGAGUGUCUUUGGUGUGGUCGUGGUCGUAUCGGCCUCUCUGGCCGCAGCCUCUGUCAUCCACUGGCUGGACUUUCUGUACUACUGCAGUUAUGUGAAGCUGGCCAUUACCAUCAUUAAAUAUGUACCGCAGGCUCUGAUGAACUACCGCAGGAAGAGCACAGCGGGCUGGAGCAUUGGAAAUAUCCUACUGGACUUCACGGGCGGCACGCUGAGUAUGCUCCAAAUGAUUCUGAAUGGCUUUAACUACGACGAUUGGGCCUCCAUAUUUGGGGAUCCUACCAAGUUUGGCCUAGGCCUCUUCUCGGUCCUCUUCGAUGUGUUCUUCAUGCUGCAGCACUAUGUGUUCUAUAGGCACUCGAGAGAGUCCUCAAACUCUGACCUCACCACCGUAACAGAAGCCCCAAAUCAAACACCAAUCGAGCCUAGACACGAGACUUCCGAGAAAUAUUAGUAGAGCUUUAAUCUGUCUGUGUGCUGUAGUAGUACUAGUAGUAGUUGUAGUAGAUUUGUGUGCCUAUUUAUAUUAUUUAAUUUGUAUAUUUUCGAAUUUGUAAAUACAUAUGUAUAUGCUUUAGCUCCUCAUAUACUCAUACAACAA